GCGGGCGCGGGAGUGGGGUUGGAGCCAGGGCUGAGGCGACCCCCCUCAGCAGAUCAUGCCCAGGGUGCCUGUGGAGGCGGCUGCGUUGGGGAAAGUGACUGGGCGGUGCUGGCGUGAGGGACAAUGCCGUUUCCAGUUACAACCCAGGGAUCACAACAAACACAACUGCCACAGAAGCAUUAUGGCAUUACCUCUCCCAUCAGUUUAGCGGCCCCCAAAGAGACAGACUGCAUACUCACACAGAAACUAAUUGAAACCCUAAAGCCCUUUGGGGUUUUUGAAGAGGAAGAGGAACUGCAGCGCAGGAUUUUAAUUUUGGGAAAAUUAAAUAACCUGGUAAAAGAAUGGAUACGGGAAAUCAGUGAAAGCAAGAAUCUUCCACAGUCUGUAAUUGAAAAUGUUGGAGGAAAAAGUUUUACAUUUGGAUCCUACAGAUUAGGAGUUCAUACAAAAGGUGCUGAUAUUGAUGCAUUGUGUGUUACACUAAGACAUGUUGACGGAAGUGACUUUUUCAUCUCAUUCUAUGAAAAAUUGAAGCUACAAGAAGAAGUAAAAGAUUUGAGGGCUGUUGAAGAGGCAUUUGUACCAGUUAUCAAGCUAUGUUUUGAUGGUAUAGAGAUUGAUAUUUUGUUUGCAGCACUGCAGACUAUUCCUGAAGAUUUGGACCUUCGUGAUGACACUCUACUAAAAAUUUUAGAUAUUAGAUGCAUAAGAAGUUUUAAUGGUUGCAGGGUAACCUAUGAAAUUUUACAUCCAGUACCAAACAUUGACAACUUCAGGUUAACUCUGAGAGCUAUCAAACUUUGGGCCAAACGCCACAACAUCUAUUACAAUAUAUUGGGUUUCCUCGGUGGUGUUUCCUGGGCUAUGCUAGUAGCAAGAACUUGCCAGCUUUAUCCAAAUGCAAUAGCAUCAACUCUUGUACAUAAAUUUUUCUCGGUAUUUUCUAAAUGGGAAUGGCCAAAUCCAGUGCUAUUGAAACAACCUGAAGAAUGCAAUCUUAAUUUGCCUGUAUGGGACCCAAGGGUAAACCCCAGUGAUAGGUACCAUCUUAUGCCUAUAAUUACACCAGCAUACCCACAACAGAAUUCUACGUACAAUGUGUCCGUUUCUACAGGGAUGGUCAUGGUUGAGGAGUUUAAACAAGGUCUUGCUAUCACAGGUGAAAUUUUGCUGAGUAAGGCAGAGGGGUCCAAACUUUUUGAAGCUCCCAACUUCUUUCAAAAGUGCAAGCAUUAUAUUGUACUUCUAGCAAAUGCACCAACAGAAAAGCAGCGACUAGAAUGGGUGGGCUUGGUGGAAUCAAAAAUCCGAAUCCUGGUUGGAAAUUUGGAGAAGAAUGAAUUUAUUACACUGGCUCAUGUGAAUCCUCAGUCAUUUCUAGCACCGAAAGAAAAUCCUGACAAGGAAGAAUUUCCUACAAUGUGGGUGAUUGGAUUAGUGUUUAAGAAAACAGAAAACUCUGAAAACCUCAGUGUUGACCUUACAUAUGACAUUCAGUCUUUUACAGAUACAAUUUAUAGGCAAGCAAUAAACAGCAAGAUGUUUGAGAUGGAUAUGAAAAUUGCUUCAAUGCAUGUAAAAAGAUGGCAACUUUAUCAACUCCUACCUAAUCAUGUGCUUCAGAAAAAGAAAAAGCAUUCAUCAGAAGUUUGAUUGACAGCUCUAAAUGACAGCAGUCUAGAUUUGUCUAUGGAUAGUGACAACAGCAUGUCUGUGCCUUCUCCUACCAGUGCUAUGAAGACCAGUCCAUUUAAUAGUUCUGGCAGCUCUCAGGGCAGAAACAGUCCUGCUCCAGCUGUAACAGCAGCAUUUGUGACCAACAUCCAGGCAACUGAGGUUUCUGUGCCACAAGUAAAUUCCAGUGAAAGCUCAGGGGGUACUUCAAGUGAAAGCAUUCCUCAAACUGCCACGCAGCCAGCCAUUUCUCCACCACCAAAGCCCACAGUCUCCAGAGUUGUUUCCUCAACACGCUUGGUAAAGCAACCACCAAGACCUUCAGGAAACACAGCAACAAAAGUUCCUAAUCCUAUAGUAGGAGUCAAAAGGACAUCUUCACCUCAUAAAGAGAGUCCCAAGAAAACCAAAACAGAGGAGGAUGAGACAAGUGAAGAUGCCAACUGUCUUGAUUUGAUUGAACGUGAUAAACAGGAAACUAAGAAAACAUCCAGUACAGACCUUUCAGAUAUCCCUGCUCUCCCUGCAAAUCCUAUUCCUGUUAUCAAGAAUUCAAUAAAACUGAGAUUGAACUGGUAAAAACAACCUCAGGGGUCCAUAAACAAUAUCUGCCAACUCAACCUGUUGUCUUCUAAUGCUAAAAAGGAGAAUGGAGGGUGCAAGACUAGACAUGACUGAAAAUGGAUUUAGGUUUAUUUGGUGAACCUCCCUUACUGGGCUAAUCAGCACUUGAUCGGAAGUCCAGGUUAGUAUGUGAAGCCAUGUGAAGCUAUUAGUAAUGUGUUAGCAACAGUUGCAUUAACUAUUUCAAAGGAUUACUGCCUUUAAAAGAAAAAAAAGAGGAAAAAAACCUCAAGUUAUAUUUGUAUCCAUAUUUAACAUCUGAUUGGAUCUCUGUUUGAUGCAUUGUUUGAAAAAUUUGCAAUACAAACUGGCAUAAGAAUUCCUUAUAUUAAUGAUGCACUUUUAUGUAUUUUUUAUUAGAAAGUAGAACUAAUUUUAGAUCUUGAGUUUGAUGCAUUUUUAUUUUUUCCUGAAGUUUCUUCAUCAUUAUUCUAUAAAUUGGAUAACAUUGUACAGUGGUUAUACUAUUGUAAUUGAGACAAAUGAUAAGGGUACAUCUAGUUCAGUCCCAUUGAAGUAGCCAUAACCCUUAAAAAUGAAAUGUUAUAUCUUUGGGGUAAGUGACAUAUUAAAAUAAUAAUUGGGAAAUAGUUGGUUUUGAAUGGGACACGAUUAAGAAGUAGUAUAUUGGUUUUAUUUAUAAAGUUUUAUAGUACAUACAAAUCAGCGGUCAAACAAGCAAAUCCUUUUUUCCUUUGACCUAACAAAGUUCUGUUCUCUUUCCUUCAAUCUUUUCUCUUUUAUUCCCUUUUUUCAGUUUGUAUGCACACAAUAGGGACAAUUUCAUAAAAAAAUUAAUGCCAGUAUUUUCUUAAGCCAUGGUGUAAAACAAACCACCCUGUGGCCACAUAGCACAAAACACAAAAUUUUGGUCUGAUAUGCUUCAAACUUUUGGGUGACUAAGUGGUGCCUGUAAAGCAUAACAUCUCUUGGGAUGGCCAUUUUAUCACUAAUAUAAAGUUUUGUACGUACACUCCAUAGAUUUCCUGCUGCAGCCAAGUAAAACAUUUCAAAUUUUGAACAUAAAGGCAAAGCUAUUUUCUCCAAGAAUUUAAAAACUAAUUUUUAUUUUUAGAUGGCUCACCAAUAAUUUGUCAAUAAAUUUUAGAUAGAAAAAAAGCAUACUUUAAAAAAUCAUUUCUAGCAAGCACUUGACAUCUAGUCAGCUCUCUUUACUCCUUUUUUGUUUUAUUCUUCAGUCCUAUCAAAAAGAUUUAAGAGCUUCUUUCUUUAAAAGGAAUUUUUAAAUCCUUCCUGAUUGCAACAGAAAUUACCAGUAUUUAGAAAAUGUGAGGGAUACCAGAUGUAGAUAGCAAACUUAAACUUAGUUACUUUUUCUUGAUCUGGGGGGAAAAAAAAGCAAAACCAACAAAAACCUUCCCAUAUUUUCUGAUUAGCAUGUUUUAUGAAUCCCCCAUUGUGCUCCAUCUUAUUACAUGUGCAUUUUUCAUAUUAAACUGCAAUUACUUAUGCUCUUCCACUGUCCUUCUAAAUUAAUUUUAUAAAGUUGGAGUGUAGUUUCUUUUUUCCCUUAGGCUAUGCAGUAAUUGAGGCUUUCUUUUCACCAUUUCUUUAAGAUGUCUAGUAUACAAUAUUUCUAUUUCCCUUAUCUCCUGCCCCGUGCAGCCACCUUGCCCUCCCUUUCUACCACCUAUGAAAAGAUGAUUAUACUAACAGUUGAAGCAUACAAGGUGUCUGUGUAUUUUGUGUAGCUAUGGAGUUUAGAUCGAAAUUGCCAGGCACAAAUUUAGUCUUGUCAUUUUGUUUACACAUUGGGGAAAAUAAAAUUCAGUUUAUUAAACGUUUCAUGUAACUGCACCCAAGUUUUUCCAAGCAGGAAACUUGGAAUUUUUCUGUAUAGUGACUUUUUAAUUCUAGUUUUCAUAAUCUGGAGAUCAGACUGUUACUUUUACAUGAUGUACAUAGUGUCUCAUGACUGGAGUUUGCUUUGUUUUAUAGUAUCUGUACUCCUUGUAUUUUUCAAGAGCUAUUUUGUAAACAGAUGAUGUAUUUCUCCAUUGAAAACACAAUAAAAAACAGCACAAUCCC